GCUUGGCAGUCCACCUUCAAACCACAGAGGCAAACUUGUGAUUUUAAAAGUCGCAAAAUGUCAUUUUGAUUGUAUUUAUUUGUGUGAAUGUAUUUUCAUUUUGGUCUUGUAGGCCGCAAUGUAAUAUGGCACAGGUGGAUAGUGAAAUCGUGCAUUCGGUUUGAAAAUAAAGCGUCACUUUACGCGGAAACCGAUGGUGGUUUCAUUUGUGUUGUGAUGGAGAUUUUAAUUUUUUUUUUAAUUUUAAUGGCGAAAAUAUAAGUUCAGUGUGUUGUGUAGUGACUAGUGAGAGGCAAUGGAUCGUCGGUGCUCCCAAUCGGUCAGGACGCUGGUUUUCGACGAUUCUGACUCUGAUCCGCCUAAAGGCGAUCAGAAGAAAAAUUUGUUGACGUCUGCUGCUCCAUCAUCGCUAAAUCAGAGCGCUGAAGAUGCGAGCAAGCGCAACAACUUGUUGCGCAUGCGUCGCUCAGCGCUCGGAAAAUCUGCACCGACACUUUCCGUCCAUGUGAAAGAGCCAUGUGCGGUAUCGCGACGACCGUCCCGCCUCCCGCCGCCGCCACCGCACCAUCGGCUUUCUCUUGUGGUUGGGUCAGGGCGGUGUAGUUCUCCAGGUACAGGACCUCUGUCUCCGGCAGAAGGGCCCCGCUGGCACGCGCACCACGCCCAUCCGUUGCAUCACGCCCUACUGUCAUCUAGCGUUAAACGGGGGAAGGACCUGAGUAAGGACAUAGACGGCAGAAGGUGGUCUGUAGCAUCGCUACCAUCGUCUGGAUACGGCACAACACCAGGGAGCUCAAGUCUUUCGCAGUCACAAUGCUCGUCCCAAGAGCGACUGCUGGCCGUGCAAGCUCCGUGCGAUCCAACGCCGCGCGCGCACUGCCCCCAUUGCCAUCAACAUCAGAAUUCGCUCAACAGCUCGCAAGGCAGUGGUAUGAACUGGGCAUCACUGUCAGACAGCGGUGGAAGUGGCCCCGUCCCUCGCCCUGCUUCACCCCCGCAUUCCCCCUCGCCUCGGAAUAUACCACGACGCGUUCGAAGCCGAAGUCUAAGUUCACCAUCCCGCUCACCAGGGGGUGGUAGUGUGGGAUCAGAUGGAUCUCGAGAAGAUGCAGUGACAGCGAUGUCUGCGUUGUUCGCCGCACGAUUUCCGGCUGCUCAAAGGGCUAUGAAUGAUAAAUUACGGUCUCUAAUAGACGAGUUGACUGAACUUGAUAAGAAGCCUGACCGGCCGCCGAUAGAAAGAUUCGUUCAACGACAGGUUUUAGAGAUGGCCCGUGAUUGUCUUCACAAGUCUGAGUCGAGGCAGGUAACAAGCAGUUACUUCUAUGACAUGGGUGAUAGUUUGGACAGGCUGCUUGCUGAGACUCGGGAGAAGUCAGCAGAAGCGGGCGGUAGAGUUGCUCCUUUGGUUACCAGGCUGACACUUGCCAUGGCUCGUCCUGCGAGACUGCUUGAGUGUCUGGAGUUCGAUCCUGAAAAAUUCUAUCGGCUUCUUGAAGUAGCAGAGGGACAUGCACGGCAUUUGCAGGGCUUAUCGACAGACAUCCCUCAAUACAUAAUUCAUAAGCUGGGUUUGUCAAAGGAUCCUCUCGCCGAGUUGUCAGUCCCACCACCUCCGCCGCCGCCACAGAACUCGUCACCAUCAAAGCUCCGAGGUCGUUCGUCACCCCCCGGUGGGGUGGGGGGAGGUACCCCGUCAGAAAACGACUACCAGGUCAUUAAAUUGAUCUCGAAUGGGGCCUAUGGAGCCGUGUACCUUGUCAAACAUAAGCAGACCCGACAGAGGUACGCGAUGAAAAAAAUCAGCAAAAACAAUUUAAUAUUAAGAAAUCAAGUUGAGCAAGCAUUCGCGGAGCGAGACAUUUUAAGUUUUGCGGAUAAUCCUUUUGUGGUAACAAUGUACUGCUCAUUCGAGACGAAACGCCAUUUAUGUCUCAUACUGGAGUUUGUGGAAGGCGGCGACUGCGCAACUCUACUGCGCGCAGGGCCACUUCCGCCUGAUAUGGCACGGCAUUACUUCGCUGAGGCAGUAUUGGCUGUGGAGUAUUUACACUCGUAUGGAAUCGUGCAUCGGGAUCUUAAACCCGACAACCUACUCAUCACUGCAACUGGUCACAUAAAGCUCACUGACUUUGGACUCAGCAAAAUGGGUCUCAUGUCAUUGGCUACGAACCUUUACGAGGAAUACGCUGACCGCGAAGCGCGCCAGUUCUCUGAUAAGCAGGUCUGUGGGACGCCCGAAUACAUUGCGCCUGAAGUCAUAUUACGACAGGGCUACGGUAAACCUGUGGAUUGGUGGUCGAUGGGCAUCAUUCUCUACGAGUUUUUAGUGGGCUGUGUGCCUUUCUUCGGUGAUACACCCGAAGAACUUUUUGCGCAUACAGUCAAUGAUGACAUAGAGUGGCCAUCCGAAGAUGAUUUUCCGAUAGCAGUAGAGGCGAGAACUAUAAUCGCAGAUUUACUCGCUCGAAACCCCAGAGACAGAUUGGGGACGGGAGGCACUCAUCAAGUAAAGGAACACAUAUAUUUCUACGGACUAGACUGGAACAAUUUACUCCGUCGGAAAGCUGAGUUCAUACCGCAGCUGGAAAAUGAUGAGGACACCAGCUAUUUUGAUAGUCGCUGUGAUCGUUACAAUCACAGUGAAGUGGAGACAGACGAGGCAGCUGAAGGGGAGAGUGGGCCAACGGCGGAGACGGGAGGAGAGGAGGCGGGGCUAUUUGCCGCAUUCUCCUCUACAUCUCCGCAAUGGAGGAGACAUUAUCACUCGCAUUCAUCGAGGGUUAGCAUCGAGAGCACGGAUAGUUGGCCGGGCACGCCAGACAGUGCAGGCCCACCAAGCACACCCACUGCGCCGCCGCAAACUUCGCACCAUCAUCCUAAGUGCCCGAUGAUAUCAGCAAACUCGGCUGAAUCAUCACAAACGGAUUCUGAUGACGUGUCGCCGGCCGCUCGUCGUCGUGUCGCGUUGCGUGCGCCGCUCGCACACUCGCACUCGACACACACGGCCCAUUUACAUGCGCAUACGCAUUUGACUCAUGGAUUGUCGAGUCUCGUGCAGCCACAGUUGCAUCCCGCUAUGUUACCGAAACCAUCGGAGAAUAAGAGGGAGAAGGAACAUAAAUCAUUUGAUAAAGUGGAUAAGGUGGAAAGAGACAAAAGUAAACCCAUUGCGCUAUCCGCUCCAAAGUCAAUGCGCCGAUCGGCAAGCACGUCUGGCCUGUCUUUAGUGAUCCAUCCAGCUGAUGACAGCAUAAUUAGUAUGGGUGGUGGAUCUCCAUGUGCCGGCAACACAUCUUCUACCAACUCGUCACGUGACUCUUCGCCGUGUCGCGAUCCGCCAUCGCCGUUCGCUAUUGCUAACCAUUCGUUAAUUCAAUCCUCAAAACCCCCGAUCGUUGUACGUCGAGGUCCACGCGGUUUCGGAUUUACGAUACACACGGUCCGUGUGUACUAUGGCGAUACAGAUUACUAUACUAUGCAUCAUUUGGUAUCGGCUGUAAGUGAACAAGGAUCGGCGUGGGCUGCAGGUUUACGCGCGGGAGACCUCAUAACACAACUCAAUGGUGAAUCUGUGCAGGGAUUGUUGCAUACACAGGUGUUGAGGUUGCUCUUGGCUGCCCCACACGCGACGCUUCGCGCCACUCCGCUAGAUCAAACUACAAUACAGGCGGGUGGUCGUCGUCGUUCGGGCGGAAGACGUGCGUCCGCGCCGCCACGCCCAAGACCUCGUCGGCGGUGCUCGCUGUUCAGAAGAAUAUCGACUAAGCGAGCGUCGCAGGAGAUGCAUCAGAUGGUGUCGGGUGGAAACAGUGAGAGUUCGUCUCCAGCGCCAGCAGUUCCAGCGUUAGCCGACGCGUCGUUACACAACGCACCUACGACGCACUAUCAAAGGCCUUCAUCCCUUCACGGGCUAAAGCACAAGCUAGGCGCGGGUGAGGUUCGCCGUGCGUCUCUUCAGCAUAUGCCCCUCUCCCCUCUCGCGAGAACCCCUUCACCUUCUCCCCAGCCUGCGCCAGCGCCGGCUUCACCCACCAGCCGUGGCUGCGAAGCACGCAGUCCGUCACCUCUAGCGACACGCGAAUGUCGUCGCGCGUGGCCGCGUCGCGAUCCAGCAUCUCCGCUUUUGAGACGCGCUCUUUCGCCUGACAGGUUACAUCCUCGUUCAGCGGAAUCUAAGUGCUCUAUAUCCCCACUCUGUUGUGGGGGAGUAAGCACUAGUGGUACGACCACAGUCGCGACUACCCGAAGAGGAGGAAGUUGGAGAGCCCCCGCACCUGCGCCUCCCACUCCUCCACCUCCAGAUAAAGAAGAACCUCUCUUGCCAAGAAUCGCGGAGGAGAAAGAUUCUCCCACGCACCAUUCUGCUAGGCUGCCUAUGAGGACGCCAGUAAAGCAGAGCACGCCGAGUAUCUUCACCUCAUCGCCAAAAGCCAGUCAGGGCAAGUCGAUGUUCGAUGCUAACACGUCUUUCGCGUCCCUCUCUCUUUCUGACGAGUCAUUCGUAGACUCUAGUAUGGAUGCUUCAACUAUUGAUACAUCGAGGGAAAUGCCAUUGUACCUCACGGUGACAGACAGCCGAUCAAGUACAGACACAAGUCUUACAGUGUCUGAUAUAAAUAAGAAACUCUCCUUUACACAAGAAUUGUCCAGCAUUCCGGAAGUCAAAACCCGCAAGAAGUCAGAUUCUAGUCUGAAAGAUGAAGAUUUGAAAUCGAAAGAGAAAACAAAAUCGAAAGAUAAAUCAGACUUGAAAAAACAAGACUCGAUAAAAAAAGAAAAGUCAGAACCAAAGGAGCUAAAGAAACAAGACUCGAUUAAGAAGAUUGAGAAGCCAGAGAAAGAGAAAGCGCAAGAAACGAGAGAUGAUAAGAGGGAUAAAAUGGAACGAAGUGGUUCGGUAAAAAGAAUUGAAACUAAACAAGAGAGGGAAAAAGAAACGAAGCAAGAAAAAUUGGAAAGGCAAGAGCGAGAGAAGGAACUAAAAUUAGAGAAACUCGAAAGAGAGAAAGAGUUGAAAGAAGCGAAAAAGCAAGAGAAACAAGAGAAAGCGGAGAAAAAGCAAGAGCAAGCAAAGAGGUCUGAGUCCAUAAAGAAGGAGUUCAGAAAACAAGAAUCGGUUGAGACGAUCAAGUCUCCAGAGGCGGAGACAAGUGAGGGCAGAAGUAAGAGUGUGGUGAGCAAACUUCUCGGAGUGAUGAGCAGAAAAAGAGACGAUGAAGAUCACAAAGGGAAAAAAGACAAACAUGCUAAAAAGAAGAAUACUACGAUACCGCUGCCCCAGUCACAAAUACCAGUCAAGCUUGAUCAAAGUUCUGUCACCACCGACAAGGAACCAGAUGAGAAAAAAAUGAAAAAGGGCCGCGGAAGGGCUUCAAGUUCAUCAUCCGGUGAGAAAUGAAGGAGACAAAUAUAUGUUUGUCAGUGGUUAUUCAAUCGAUUCUAAUUUAGAACUGUGGUUGGUCAAUUUGGAUUUUGUAGGAGUGGUUUGUCUUUGUACGGUUUUUAUGAGAGUUUUUCAAUGUUGGCAAAGAGUGGUUUUUCAAUUUAAUAUGACACGAUACUAUAAUACAAAACAUAUUUUGAUAAGUCAUCCUUCUAAACGUGUUUUCAUAGAUAUUUGCAAAUACAUUUUAAAUAAAGUGUUUUUUGGUAUCUAAAUGGAGUACAAUUUUAUAAACAUGCUUAAAUGAGUAGAUUUUUUCUGGUAUUUAUUAGGAACUAGGAAAAAGUUUUUAACAUGAAUUGUUUAAAAAAUAUUUGCUUUUCUGCUACUGUGCUUCGUUAAUACUACAAUCUGAUAUAAAUUAAACUUAUAUUUAUAAUCAAAUUUUGUAAAACCAAUUCUUGAGAAAUGGUUUAAAUACGGCUAUAUUUAGGAGUCUUUUAUGUACUUUAUUUUUCAAGGGCUUAUGUAAUUUAAGUAUCAAUUUCUAUUUCACCAGAACGCAGUUAGUGUACUUUUUUAACGAAACAGUGUUCGUGCAAAACUCUAUAUAUGAUGUAGUUCGUGUUGGGUAGGGUGUACGUACGUACUUCCUUUGCAUAGCCACCCGUACCAAUAAUUAUUACAAAAUAAUUGUGCGACAUAAUUUUAUAAUCGCUGAGAAAUAUAAGUUUUUUUAAUGUUAAAAAUUUACUUAGUAUCUGAAAAUGCACGUAAAGAGGGCUAUCUAAAUUUACUAAAACCUGAGUUCUGUAUGUAAUAUAUGUCCCUUCUAUAGAAGCUUAUAAAGAACUACGUUUUCUAGAGAGUAAUUGCAUGUACUGGUUGUUAGGGAAUUUCCUUAUGAAGUAAACGUUUUUAAAGAAUAUACUAGGGACGGAAUUCAAUGUAAAAUAAUAUGAAAUGAGUCUUUCGCUGUCUGUCCUUAAUAAAUAAAAAGAUCUCAAUUUCAUCUUAAUUCAGGCUUAUAUUUUAUUCAGUAUUAAUGUUGAGGCAUAUAACAUUAUUAAAGAUGUAAUUAUUAUUUUGUGAACGUUUUUAUCUCACUUGUACUCGUUUAGAAUAGAUAUUAGAUUUUAGAUCUACUAAUUGUGAUAGUAUUUUUAAACAUUUGUUAGGUUUUUAUUUUUAUAGUUGAGACUUCACGUCAUUUCAUACUAUGUAGUUUUAAAUACAUAUAAACUAUGCUUUUCUUUUUCACUUUCAAUUCAUAUUAAUAGACAUAAAGAAUGGAAUGGGAUUCAUAAGAUUCAAAAUUAGAUUUAAUUCUCGUGUAUUGAAAUACCGUCUUUAUUGCCUAAUGUUGAGGCAGUUCGUAAUAGGCGAGAAUGCUGUCUCUUUCUCAUAUUAACUAUGAGAAAGAAACAGUUGUUUUGUAUGCCAUAAACAAUGCUCAAUUUAUUCUCUGUGUCUAUGCUUUUAAAACACGCACAUGAAUUUAGUGCCAUACAUUGCAUAUUUAUUAUAGAAAUCAGCAGAUUGUAUUGCUUUCCGAAUUAAGUGACGUCUUCCGAAAUUGUUUUUGUUCCUAUUAAUGUUAUAUUAUUUAUUCAAUUGAAAUUUCAUAAUACCAUGACCUCUAUUGACAGUAUUGUUUCAUUAUUAUUUUGAAUCAUUGUGAAUUGUAAUGGCGUCUUCAUUGCUCUAUGUUGAGUUGUAAUUUACAAUGCACAAAUAUUUAAAGCAAUAUUGCAUCAGUCUUGUUUGGAAGUCAUAAUAUCUAGAUUUGCUGGACCUAGAAUACAAAUUUGGACCACCUCUGAGGAAAAUUUUUCAUAUCAUGGAUUUAAGUUUAUGCUCGGCUCAUUCUCCAUGACUUUGAUAUAGACAUUCCAAAAACUUGUUUUAUUUAACUGUUCAGUAAAAACUAUGUUCUAAAAUACUCAUUAGUUUAACGUGAAACAUUUUCUUCCUAUGUGAUGGUGAGACAGGGUUAAAUUUAACUACCCUAAUUAUAUUGUUUAAGCUUAAAUUAUUUAAAAUGAAUUGUUACAUUGUUUUGGGACCAUAAUUUAAAAUUAUAUUAAAGUAAAUAUAAUUUGUAUUUUUUAUGCACUUGGCUUGUUAAAUGUAUAAUUCGAAAUAGUAUGAAUAGGCACUGGCCUUCUAGCAUUUGAUUGUCAUAGUGCCACGAACUGAUCUAACUCGUCUGUCAUAACUUACAGGAUAGCGUUGUAUUUUUGGGGUCAGGUAUUGUGGUGACAUGAAAAUUUAUUUGAUUUUGUAUUUAUAUCCGCGUAUAAAAUGUUUGUUCUGAAACAUUGGUACACGUCUAUAUGUGUUUAUGUCUAUAAAUUUAGCUUAUAAUGUAUCAAUGUCAACCAUUUAUUAAGAACAACACGCUUAGUGGGUCAGUGGUAGUUAUUAAAAGCAUGGUUAAGCUAAUGUGUAGUGACGUCAUAUCUUCAUCUCUGUGUUGUUUCCUGCCAUAAUUAAUGCUUAAUUUGUAAAAUUAAUUUAGUGUAUAAUAAAUGUGAUUUAUCAAUAACUGUCUAUAGUGAAUGAGGAAAUAUUUUCUUUAGAAUAUGUGUACGAAUUGAUACAAAUACGAAAUAAAGUCAUUGUUCUUAA